GAGUUUACCUGGAGGCUUGAAAUAAGAGUCAAUAAGCCGGGUAAUUAUCAAUGAGUUAACGACGCAUAAUAGCUAAUCAGCCGGGUAAAUUAUGGAGGCUUGAAGUAAGUGUCACUAGUCCAAAUUUACAUUGAGGCUUGAAGCCUGGGAUGAUAUCAGUCAGCGGUGAGACAAUAAGCUUUACAUGUUCAUAUAAUUAUUAUCUUAUCUGUGCUUAUAUCGAAUCGAUGCAUAUUAUGGUUCCUUUACUAGGUAAGUAGAAUGCUCACCUCUUUUGUUUCCAUACUUCAGGUUGACCGAGCACGGGCAUGGUCAUCAAUUAUUUAUGUUUUUAUGUUUCCACUAAAUUUUUAUGGAAAUCAUUAUUAGUUGAAUGUUUUAGACUUCCAACUACUUUGAACUAUGUUGUAUAUUCGAAAUUUUGAUUGUUGGAAAUGUUCUGAUUAUGCUUCGUUAAGGAAAAGAGUUUUUGCUCGAAGGUUAAUUGUGGGAAAUGUUUUCUAAAAGGUUCAAAUUAUUUCUGAAAAAUCUUGUUCUUUCUUACAUAAAUAACCGGGUGUUACACAAACCACCUUGCCUGCACUUUUGCCUCCAUGCAUCGUAUAUCGCCAUCUGUUCCAGUCUUCUAUUCUCAAAACUUGAAAAUAUAUUUAACCUUAACAUUUUCAGUCAUGCCACAGUUGCUUGUUGGCUUAACUAUGUAAAAUAUGUUAUAGAAUUAUUCAUCUUAUAAUAUUUAAUUGUAUUAUAAGUGAUGUGUAUUAGUAUCAAUUUUAUAAUCUUAUGUAGGAGAGAAGCCUGAAUCUGUUUGUACUUAGGGUUCGCAUACAACAUUUUAGUUUUAGGUGGGAAACAUUAUUAAAUUUACAUUAAUUACACCUUCUAAGAAAAUUAUGAAAUUAUUUCAUGAAGCAUGCAUUUUAAAUCUUCAGUGAUCUGCUUCUUAUGAUAUAUUUUGGAUUUCUGAAUUUGUACUUUGUAUGAGGAUUUAAUCGUGGACUCACAAUAUGAAUCACAUGCCUUAUAUGUGAGUGAUAUGUGGCUCGUAGAGUGGGAGAGAUAUGGGAGCUAAGGAUUCAAUUAAGAAGCAUAAAAGAUCGAAAAGUGCCGAGAAGGAGGAAGAUGACUUCGAGAUUGUGAGUUCGAAGCUUGCACAAAGAGAGGAAAACUUGGCUAAGGGGAAAGGAACUCUGAGCGCCAGUCGUAACAGGAAAAAAAAGAAGACAUCUUUGGUGGAUAAUUCCAGCAAUGUUGAUAUCGAGAAGUUUGGAUCACAUAAUAUUCCAGCUGAUGAAACACACAGAAUCAGUGGUGGAAUCAGAAAGAGUAAAAAGUGGAAAAAUAGCAAACUGAAAAAUGGCAAGAUAACUGUAUUGAAUACCCUGGUUAGUAACGAAGUUGAAAGCAAGGAUGCUGAAAGCCGACAGGAAGUAGAUAAAUUGCAGAAAGCAAAGAAGAAAAAAAGAAAAAGUGACCAGAGUAUCAGCAAGGUUGGCGAAUUCACUGAGAAGGAUGAUGCUUCUGAACAAACAAAUGAAUCUGAACAUGAAGAUCUUAUUGCAAACACUGAAGUACCUAAGAAUGCUGAUACAACUUCCAAAACUGGUGAGUCAAAAAAGCCUCGAAAAACAAAAAAGAAGAAUCGGAGAGUGAGAGAUGAAUUAGCCUCGGAUAAUUUGUUGGAAAGUAGAGGACAAGAUGAUCAUGAUGAAGUUUAUCAGAUGUCCUCGGGUGACGAAGAUUGCUCAAAAGGAAUGAAAAAAUGGAUCACUCAAUACUAUCAGAGUAGACCUGGGAUCAAGGUGCUGCAGGAAAGGAUUGAUGACUUCAUAAUGGCCCACGAAGCUGAGGAGGAAAAGGCAAGAUUGGAGAGAGAAGCUCAGGCAGCAGAAGGUGGUUGGACAGUUGUUGUGCAUCACAAAGGCCGGAAAAAGACAACCGAUGCUGAAACUGGUGUUGCUGUGGGUUCUGUUGCCCAAGCUGCUGUUGUGGACAAGGUGGCGAAGAAGAAAACCAAAGAAGUCGGUAUAGAUUUCUAUCGGUUUCAGAAAAGGGAAGCUCACAGAAAUGAGAUCAUGAUGCUGCAAAGCAAAUUCGAACAGGAUAAAAAACGGAUACAACAAAUGAGAGCUGCUAGAAAAUUUCGUCCCUAUUAAGUGGAGUUCUAGAUGUUAUUGGUACACUGGUUUUCUGUUCGUCCAAACUGAACUUGGAUCUCACACCAUAACUAACUCCCCAUUCGAAGGACAGCUGCUCAAGUUCAAUUCCAGUUUGUGUGUUCACAUUUUAAUAUUUCGCUCAAAAUUCAUUUAUAUGUAAAACUUUGUACUUGCACAAGUGGGGCAAUUGCUUAUCCUGUUGACUAAUUUUGCUGGCUCUCUCUCUCUCUCUCUUUUUUU